AAACAUGCGAUACGAACCAGUUACAGUACCAUACUGUAAACAAGCAAUACCACAAAAGAAAAACUAAUACGAACCUGAAACAAUCAAGAAGCAGACAAAUCAAUUAGUGUACAACGAAAAAGAAGAAACAACGUUUCGUCRCGAUACAAGCACAAUGUCGACGACGAAUAGCRGCAAGGACGACAACGAAACAAGCAGCAGCAUGCAUCCUACAAACAACCUCGUCCGAGCACUCUUGACGGAUCUCUAUCAGAUCACGAUGACGUACGCACACUGGAGGAUCGGAAAGGCCGACGAACCUGUCGUCUUCGAACUGUUUUUCCGCAAGAAUCCUUUCCGGGGCGAAUACACGGUCUUUUGCGGCCUCGACGAAUGCCUCAAACUCCUGCAAACCUUUCGGUUUUCCGAGAGCGACAUCCGGUACCUCAAGUCAACCCCCGCCCUUUCUCGGGCGGAACCCGAAUUCUUCGACUAUCUCGCAAACAUCCACAAGACCAGCCUGCCGUCGCUGAGGGUCCACUCGGUCAGGGAGGGAACCGUCGUCUUCCCCAGGUGUCCCCUCCUCAUCGUCGAGGGACCGCUGGCACUCGGCCACCUGCUGGAAACGGCGCUGCUGAACCUGGUCAACUACCCGUCCCUGAUCGCUACCAACGCCUCGCGGAUGGUCCUGCGGGCCGGCGGGAAACCCUGCAUCGAGUUUGGUCUGAGGCGGGCCCAGGGUCCGGACGGGGCCUGCUCGGCGAGCAAGUACAGCUAUUYGGGAGGAUUCGUGGCGACCUCCAACGUCCAGGCGGGAAAGACCUUUGGGAUUCCGAUCUCGGGGACGCACGCCCGUACGUAAUUCGACGCGAUGCGAUGCAAUGCGAAGCGAAGCGGUGCCAUGUGCGCAAUGCAAAUCACCGUGCUGGGAUGCGACGCUACUGCAUGAUAACAGUGGUUCCACUCAUUUGAUCUCGCUUGCUCUUUGCUUUCCCCGUUUUGUCUUUAGAUUCGUUCAUCCAAUCCUUUACCUCGCUGGAAGACGCUGCGGGGCUCAAGCUGUUCCACAAAUCACUGCAGCGAGAGGAAGUCUUCUUGGACAAAGCCCUCGAGUACCGCUCGGACGCGAAGGCUUCCACCAACGACAGCGAGCUCGCGGCGUUCUGUGCGUACGCCUGUGCCUUUCCCGAUUCGUGCCUGUGCCUCAUCGAUACCUACGACACGCUGUCGAGCGGCCUGCCAAACUUUGUGUUCGUGGCCAGGGCCCUCGACGACUUUGGAUACGCGGCAAAGGGCGUGCGGCUGGAUUCGGGGGAUCUGUGCAGCCUCUCGCUGGCCUGCAAGACCGCCUUCGAAGGGGUCGCCGCGAGGGAACCRUCGCGGGCAYCGGUCUUUGGCAACCUCACCAUCGUGGCGAGCAACGACAUCAACGAGGAAAGCCUGGCGGAGUUUGAGAACACAAAAACGAACGGAUUGACGGCGUAUGGGAUCGGUACCAACCUGGUGACCUGCCAGGCCCAGCCGGCCCUCGGUUGCGUUUACAAAAUGGGUGAGCAGCAAAGAAACGCAGCACCAUUGCAUUCUGUUUGGUUGGAUUGGUGUUGGAUUUGAUCYGGAUACAUCCAUCCCCUCUGCUACGAACCGAAUCCAUCCUCUCAAAUAGCUGAUUUCUUUGAUUGUCUCUUUCUUGCAAUUUCUUUUUCCUUGUCGGUCCACCACACAAACCUGCAACACCAUCAUCRAUGUCUAUGGYCUGCAGUGGAGUGCAAYAAAGAGCCCCGCAUCAAGCUCUCCCAGGAACUGGUGAAAGUCACCAUUCCCGGUCGAAAACGCGUCUACCGAUUGUACGGAGGCCCCGACAAGCGCACCCCCCUGGCCGAUUACAUGUGUUUGGAGGACGAGGAUCCACCAACGACCGAAACCGCCGACGGGAUUCUCUGCCGGAAUCCCUUUCGGCCACAGGAACGGACGAGGAUAUUUCCGGGCAGGGUGGAAGCCCUGCACGGCCUCGUCUUUGCCGACGGAAGGGCGGCGAGCGAAAGCCCCUUGUUGUGUUCCGGCUURUCCGAAACCCGCUCCUACGUGCUGCAGCAGCUCUCCGAGGAAUUUCCCGGCUCCGUCACCCGGUACAGCAAUCCGGAACGAUACGACGUCGCGGUGUCCCCCGGGCUCUAUGCGUACCUGCACGAACUGUGGGAGUCCAAUGCACCCAUUCCGGAGCGCCGCUAAAACGAGCCGCCGUUUUGUUUCAUUCUAAAAGUACUGUUUAAUACACUAAUUCUCCUCUU